AUGACAUCCUAUACCCUGAAGGAGGCUGUCGAGCCGGGUGACCUCAUCAUGGUCUGGGCUCCUGAAAGAGGAUACUGGACGUUAAAUGGGCCGUUUAUAAAAUACUGGGAAGAGGGCAAGUCGAAGAUGGAUGAAGACAAAGAGAAAAACAAAGAUGACAAAGACGACACUAGUAACUACCAAGAGAUCAGCCUGGAUUUCGUUUUCCAAAAGUAUAAGUCCACUGAUGCAGAUGAAAGUGUUUCGUGCAUCUGCAUGGACUAUGUUCUUCAAUGCUACUUUGGCAAAAAGAGCCCUGAAUGUUGCGGAAACCCAUUAUCUGUCCCAGGUGUGGUGGUGUCAUUUACAUGCCUCCACUGCAUGGGAUACGACUUCUCGCUUGAUGACAAUGAGAUAAAUAAAUACCAAUCAGAGCUUGCAGGCCCGAUUUUCAAUAUAGAAGAUGCAGUACCUUCGUCCGAGGAGGAUUUGGAGCGGCUGAAUGAGGGUUUAGACCCGGCUGCAGAGUAA